GCACACGCGGCCGCACCACAACACACGAUGGGCUCCAGCUACAAGGAGAUCAACAUGACCCUGUCGGCCGGGGCGCAGCAGGCCCCCAAGGACCCCGACAAGACGCUAUGCCACUUCGAGGAGCAGCGUCCGCUCAGCGUGGCCGAGGAGUCGGACACCUCGUCCGCCUCGGGCGACAUCCCCGUCGGACAGAUGCUGCCGCAGGUCAUGGCGGCAAUCUCUGUAUCCCUCGGCUCCAUGAUCGUAGGGUUUGCGUCAGGAUACACAGCGCCGGCGCUGGUUAAGAUGCAGGAGGACAACGCUACGCUGACCAUCACGACAGAAGACGAAUCAUGGAUCGUCAGCCUGAUGCCGUUGGCUGGGCUUGUCGGAGGCAUCGCCGGCGGGCCGAUGAUCGAGCACAUCGGCCGACGCUCCACCAUCCUCGGCACCGCCCUGCCUUUCAUUAUUUCCUUCCUGGUGAUCGCAUUUGCCCAAAACGUGCUGAUGGUUAAGAUUGGCCGUGCCCUGGGAGGCUUCUGCGUAGGUAUCGCCUCCCUUUGCCUGCCCGUGUACCUGGGAGAAACUGUACAACCUGAGGUCAGGGGCACCCUCGGCCUCCUACCCACCGCCCUCGGAAAUAUCGGCAUCCUCGUCUGCUACGUGGCGGGGAAGUACCUGAGCUGGUCAAAUCUGGCCAUCAUGGGCGCCUGCCUGCCCAUUCCCUUCACCAUCGGAAUGUGUCUCAUUCCAGAAACGCCUAGAUAUCUCAUUUCGAAAGACAGAACAAGUGCCGCCAAGAAAGCGUUGCAGUGGCUACGCGGUCCUGACUACGACAUCACAAGCGAAUAUUCUGAAAUCGAGCGGUCCCACGCGUCCACCCAGAAGGACGAGCCGCGACUCAUCGAUCUGUUCACCAAGGGCAAUUUGCGACCUUUGAGCAUCAGCGUCGGCCUCAUGUUCUUCCAGCAGCUGUCCGGCAUCAACGCCGUCAUUUUCUACACCGUGUCCAUCUUCCGCAUGGCCGGCAGCUCGGUCGACGACAACCUGGCCGCCAUCAUCGUCGGCGUCGUCAACUUUGGCUCCACCUUCGUGGCCACGAUUCUCAUCGACCGGCUCGGCAGGAAGGUUCUGCUCUACAUUUCUGGCACCACCAUGGCCAUAACGCUGUGCGGCCUCGCCGUAUUCUUCUACAUCAAACCCAGCCUGGACGAGGAACUGUUGGAGCUGCUGGGCUUGCUGCCACUGAUCUGUUUCGCGCUCUUCGUGAUUGGCUUCUCACUAGGCUUCGGGCCCAUUCCUUGGCUGAUGAUGGGUGAGGUUCUGCCGGCCAAGGUGCGAGGCACGGCCGCUUCGGUGGCCACGGCCGUCAACUGGUCGUGCACCUUCCUGGUGACCAAGACGUUCCCCUUCCUGGUCGACGUGGCCGGCAUCCACGGCGCAUUCUCCCUCUUCGGCGGCAUGUGCGUGUUGUCGCUGGUCUUCGUCAGGUUCUGGGUGCCCGAGACCAGGGGCCGCAGCCUCGAAGAUAUCGAGAAGAGCCUCACCGGCCGCCGCGUGCGCCGCAUGAGCAGCAUAGCCAACCUGAAACCUCUCCCCUUCGGCGCCUGAGGAGCCUUCCCCUCAGAACGACCCACCACUGCAUUUUUUCGCUUUCCCUCUGGAGGGUGCCGACCGUCGUGUUUUUCGACAGCGCAAAAUUUUCCUUCUUCUCCUCGGUUUAUGCCCUUCAGAGCACCUUCAUAGUCAUUAUUUUGUAAUUAAAAUGCCCUGAACAAAUAUGUUGAAUGACUUAAAUGAGUGAGUGAGUGACGCGUGCGACGACAUUAAUUUGUGACAAACAUGUAGACAGUAUCGAUUCGACCAAUGCAAACAUUCGACUCAAUGUAUUCCCACUGGACAGUGAACUAGUAAUUUAAGUACGCCUAUUAAUUUAUCUUUCGCGACUCUUUAUUUUUGUAAAUACGAAAACUUUUAAAAUGCUUACCAAGCUUUCCACCAAAAAUGUUUAUAAUAAAAUGUGCCUCUUUUGAUAUGAAGAGCGAAAAAAAUUUGAA